AUGUUUCGAUCAUUGAUUCUUGUUGCAGCAUUUGCUUCCUCUCUUCUAUAUUCGGAAGCCUUCCUAACACAUCAUCGUGUGGAGCGAAGGAGUCUUAGUCCUCUCCAACACGCCGGUCACGAUCACAAUCACGAUCAUGGUACUCACGAUCACAAUCACGAUCAUAGUAUUCACGAUCACAAUCAUGACCACGACGAGAGCGACGACCCACCUCCACCUCCGUUGGACGAAGAAGAGAUUCGAGAAAUUGAGAAUGCCGAACGACGAAAGAAAGUAAAAUUUCGCCAAUUAGUGGCGGAUUCCGUGGCUGUGUCGAAUCCGGAACAUCUGCCAAAACUGUUGGCCAACAACAUUGGCGCCAUUGCGGCCCUUCAGGGACAAGAAGGUGCUGCCAUUAUCAAGGAAAUUGUGGAAGAUGCCAAAGCCGAAGGGGAAGAGCAGUUUAAUCGGACUGUCAUAGUGAUUGAAAGUAUCUUAAGCUUUGCGGAAUCUUUCGUGGAAGAGGCGGAAAGUUUGGAUUCGAAGAAUAAAAAGCUACUGGGAAAAAUUAUCAACGCCAUGAAAUCAAGCGAGGAUGCCAUGGAUGAACUCAUGGAGGUCGAAAGGGACAACUUUACAGCUGGAUUCUUGCGCCAUAUCGAAGGAGAAUGUGAAAGAAUAGGCAACGCCCCGAAAAUGACGACAGAGAGCACGCGUCUCAUUGAACUACUUCGGGUAAUCCAGGCUAGGGUACUGGAAGAGAUUGGAGCAGACAUGGGCGAGGCAACUUUGGUACUUGGUCAGCUGAUGGGGUACGAUGACAGAGAUGAAUUGCUUGGUGUCUUAGAUGCAGGUCUUACGGUUCAGGGCCGAGAAUUUGCUGUGGAGAUGAAAGGCUUGACAGAGGAAGCCUUGAGAGGAUUCGAAUCUGUCCAUGGCGGUGUAGAACCUGAGCUCUUGGAUAGAGUUUCCUUUGUGGAUCAACGGCUGACGAACUAUUUGGAAGAGACGAAUGAGUUCCAAUAG